AUGCAACACAGGUCCAUCUACCAGAAAUUCCGAGAUGUUGACCUGCUGGACAAGAAGAAGACGGUGACGGCUAUGAAGGCUGGGGAGGACCGGGCUAUUCUCCUGGGCCUGGGCAUGGUCAUUGCGUCAGUCAUGAUGUACUUUGUCCUGGGCAUCACUGUACUGCGCUCCUACGCAGGCAGUGUGUGGACAGAGGAGAGUGUCUGUGUUGUGCUCAACUCCACCAUCACGGCAGACGUGAACUGUUCCUACAGCUGUGGCUCGGACUGCUGGAGAGGCUCCAGGUUCCCCUGUCUGCAGGUCUACGUCAGCGUCAACACCACGGGCAGGCUCAGCCGCUUAUCCCACAACGAGGAGAGUUGGGACGCCAACUUUGAGUGUUUCUACGUGCCAAAGUGCCAGAAGGACACUGAUGCCAUGCACCACAUUAUCAUGAACAUCUCAGAACGCCUGAAGCCACACCAGCAGGUCCUGUGCUACUACGACCCCAGCGACCAGCAGGAGAGUGCCCUUCUGACCCGGCAGUACGGCCACAGUGCCGUCUUCCACUCGCUCUUCUGGCCCUCCUGCAUGCUCACGGUGGGCACUGCCAUCAUCUUCAUGGUCAAACUCACCCAGUACCUCUCCAUUAUGUGCGAGCAGGUAGUCAAGAUCGAAAGGUGA